AUGCUCGACAAUGCGCGCCUCGUGCCCGAGCUGCUGCAGCUGGUGGCUCACGUCUCAACGAUGCGCGUCGUGCUGCGGCGCUGGGACCGCGGCGACUACGCCGCCGCGUCGGCGAUCACGUACCCGGACAAGCUGCUCGGGGGCUGCGAGGCCGAGUUCAACAGGCAAGGGGGGGUCUUCUUCGCGCCGGCUGCGUGCUGGCGGUGCCGAAAGCAGCCAUGGGCUGCGUUCGGGCUAGGAGCGGGCUUUGUCAGGCGGCCGGCAGGGGUGAGGGUGAAGAUGCGCCAGGCGAAGCUGCUGGGGGAGACGACGCCCAAGGCAGUGGACGGCGGGGUCAAGCUGGAGGUGCGCGGCCCCAUGGGGGCCAAGGUGCGCGCCAUCGGUCCUGCUGCAGCUGGCAGCAUCGGCGGCGGCGUCAGCAGCGGCGGCGAGCAGGGUACGAUGCCGCGCUCCAAAUUAUGA